AUGAACAUAGCCGGUGACUGCGUGGGAGUUGUGGUGGUGCAGAGCGUGAUGUGCCGGGACUUGGCUAUUGCACCGGGCGCCUACGUAGCCCCACCGGCAGCACAAGCCGGGGCCGCCACAGCUACCGACGAAUAUGACGUCUCGUGCGAGCCGUACUAUCGCCGCGACUCGUAUUUGACGCCCCAUGAACAGGAUGACCUGUCACCGCCUGUUUGUCAACCCUCAGCGCAGGAAAGCUUGCCUCGGCCUGCUCAACCACCAACACCAAAAGAGCAAGCAAGCCUGCCUUCCCCUGCUCAACCAUCAGCACGAAAAGAACAAGACCACUCGCUUCAGCCUGUUCAACUACCAAGGCCGUGCCAGGAAGAUGAAGGGUUCAAGCAUUCAAACCAACCAAUAUCAGAAAGCAUGUGGCAAUCUCACACAGGACACCAGAAGCAGACAAGUGAACUUGGCCCCAUCUAUUAG